AGUGUAAAGUUGACAUAUAGUAACAAGUUGACAGCCUGUAGCUUGUAUGGAUAAGCGAGGUGGUCUAUUGCACAGCCUUUGCAUUUCGCGCGGUGCAUUCAGUGAGCGGGCUGUCGACUCCAGUCAGUAUGAAAUGAAGUAUGUAUCAUGAUUAAUCUUUAGAAAGCUGGCGGCCCAAGGCGCACGCGUGGGGGCUAGCGACAAAGGCAAAUGAAGAAAGGGAACCUGCGCCAGUCUGAGGAUGACCGACCCCAUAUCUCCCUGGCCGAGGUCAAGCCGGGUCCAUACCUGGUGGCCCUUCGUGGCACGCAAGCCAACGCCAUGAAGUUCGAAGCGGAUGACAAAGAGCCUGUGCCUUACGGGCUCUUCAUGGUGAAGGAAAUCGAGAAACCCAAAGAUUGGGACGGCAUAACCAAACUGCCAAAUCAAGAGCAGAACCGUGUCAAGGUGCACGGAUCUUGGUACUUCUUUCUGAAUGAGACGGCCGCUGGCACGGUGCCGUGUGUCAAGGCCAAUGCCCCCAAGGGGAUUGAGAAGGGCGACAAGCGGCGAUUCGUGGAGGUGGUGCUGCUGUACAACCCGCGCCUCGUGUACCGCGGCAAUGACCCCUACGGUGACUGGCGCAAUGUCCUGCUUUUGGGUGACCUGCGGAGGCGGUGUGAGGUGCGGGAUUCCAAUAUCGACAUCCCGCUGAACCAGCUGGGCAAAAACGUCUUCAUUUGCUGCGGCACCUGGGACCCGGCCUUCAGCACCUGCGAGGACUACCCGCCUCCCAUGCCGGGGCUGCUGCGGCUCUUGGGCUCGCCGCCACCCCUGUCCGCGGCUAAGGCCUCGGACCCGCUGGGCCGGGCCCUGGAGCUCCCGGAAGACGUGUCCGACACGGACAAGGUGGUGGCGGGCAUUGUGGUGCCCCACCUAACUGCCAACGGCAAUGUGCCGCACCCACAGGCUCUAGAGGCUGCGGGCGGCCAGCGCGCGCCGCACCCGGACCUCAGGCGCUUUGAGCCAGGCGACGGGCUCGUGCUCAACGUCUGUGUGGGCGUCGACGGCAGCAAGCUGGCCGCCACUCGCGAGCUCGCGGAAGAGGGCAUGAAGGAGCACCAGCGGCUGGAGCGCGAGCGGCUGGCGCGGGAGAAGGCAGCACAGGGUAGUGACGGGCAGGAGGCCGGACCCUCGGUGCACAGCAGCGUUUCCAAAGAGGUGCACGCGAGCGCGCAGGACUCCGGCGGCAGCAGUGACGACCUCUCCAACGUCGCUGGCGCUGCCAGCGCGCGGCCACUGUUCAGGAACAUGGACGAAGAGGGCGCAAAUAACGAUGGGCAGCGCGGCUCGGGCGCGGGCACGGGCGCGGGCACCGGGGCGGAUGCUGCUGGGGGCUCUGGCUCCGGCAGCGGCACAGCCGGGAGCCGCAGCCUCCAAGCUCGAGGCUGCUCUGAUGCUGGGCCAGGACCGGGCAGCAGCCGAGAGGUAGCACGUGCUCGCGGCACGAGGCGCACCAGCGGCAGGUUGGCUGUGCAUGAUGCGGCCGCGGAUGCUGCAGCAGCCGCUGGGGCGGCUGCGGGCAAGGUGCCAUUCAAGCGGCUGCGCACCGGUUGGUCCUGCGACAUGGACGGCAGCGUGCUGCUGACGUACCUGGCCAACCACGGCCUGGGUGACACAGCGCUGUGUAUGCGCGUUGCCGAGUUGCUGGCGUUUACCAAGCUGGUGCACGCGCACGUGGCUCACCUGGAAGGAGUGUGCGCGGCCGAGAGGGCCAAGGGCGGCAGCAGGGAAGGAGGAGGCGGGGGCAGGCCCGGAAAGCGGAAGCAGGGGCGGACGGGCGGGAUCAGCAACGACGAUUGGGAGGUGAAGGAUGUGCUUGCGGUGCGGGUUUGCCACACGGUAAAGCCCGACCAGCACGGCCAGCUGCCAGACGAGCUGCGCGUGGAGGGGCCGAUGCAGGAGCGUAACUGCUGGCUGGAGUUCCUUGUGGAGUGGCGGUACGACCGCGCGGAGCAUGACAAAGCCUGGCCGGACUACCCCAACAACCGCUUCCAGUGGGUGGUGCUGAAGCAGGCAGAGGGCAGCCCCGAACUACUGCUCGACCUGCUGCGUCGCAUACUGUACACGGAGCGCCUGCUGCCCCUGCGCGGCACCGUGACGCUGCUGGUGGGGUGCCCGCCCUGCCAGGACGUGACGGGGCACAACAGGUCGCAGAACGGCAUGCCGGUGUGGGCGAGUCCCCGCAACCGUGUCAUCGGGCACAUCCUUGAGCUGGUCAAGUUCCUGGAGAUCCCUUACGUCUUCAUCGAACAGGUCCGUGAUGCGGUCCGCAAGGACGAUGGCUACUGGCGGCGUUAUGUUCGGGCCAAGGCGCAGGCGGACAUGCGCUACCAGAUCCGGGACGCCAUCCUGCAUGCGCCCUUGCAGGGAAUCCCGCAGAUUCGGGCCCGCCUCAUCAUGUGGAUGGCCGCCCCCGGCUACCAGCUCCCGCCCUUCCCGCGACCUGACUUCAGCAGCAUAUUCACCGUGCUGCCGGACCCGGACACGGCUGGCACCUCCACCGUGACUGAGCUGCCGAAGCCAUACAACCUGCGCCGCCUGUGCACGGUCAUGCGCCACAGCACCCCGACCGCUGGCGAAGGCACGAUGCUGCACCCGCCCCAGGUCAUCAAAGAUGCGGUCACCAGCCUGCCCGCGCGCUCUAACUAUGACUUGUCGCCGGCGGUCAAGCUGGGCGACAGCGCGCCGGCCACCGCUCUGGAGCACGUGCUCAUGCAGCCGCCGCCACCUGGCGAAGCUUCACCUGAGCUGCGGGCCGCCUGCUACCUGGGCAAUGCCUGCGGCACGGUGAUGCAGCACGCAGUGGCGGUGCUUGAGGGGUACCGGGCGAGGCUGGCGAGGGAGCUGGACGCGGAGGUGCAGCGGGCCGGGAAGCGGGCGAAGCGCCGGGUUCCGUCCAAGGCCACGGAGGCACAGAAGGCGACCGCAUACGAAUCAAUGGCUUGUGCCAUCAUGUCCACGAACCUGCGAAAAGCUGCAGAAUGCAUGAAGAAGAACGUCCUCGAAGAGCACCGCGCCUCCCUGGUGGCGCAGGGCAAGCAGAUGGUGGAGGGCGCACGUGAGGCCCUGCAGCAGGCGCUGCAUCACGCGCCGCGCUGCCUGGCGCUGCUGCAGGCGGAGCUGAAGCUGGAACUGCGGUCUGACCAGGAGGUUGUGGACCUCACGCUGGACAGCGACAGCGACUUCAAGCCUCCCCGGCAACCGGCGGUGUGUGCGAAGCGCCGCCGGCUGUCCGCUGAGCGCGGUGAGCCCGCUGCUGCUGCUGCUUCGGCGGCGGCGGCGGCUCCAGGCACACCCGCGCACAGUGGUGGCACCCAGGCGGCGUCAGAGUUGGGGCAGGAAAGCGAGGGCGAGGAGGACGAUGGGGUGGAGGAGGAGGACGAGAAGGACGAGAACCAGGACGAGGAGGGGCAGGGGGAGGAAGAGUGGGAGAGAGACGAGGAGGGCGAACAGGAGGCGGGGCAGCAGGCGGGGGCGGCAGCGGAGGCCGCUGAAGAGGGCGAGCAGGAGCAGGAGGAUUCCGGGAUCCUGCUGCUGCCCAACCACGUGCCCUACCCGCUUUACCUGGAGGAGGUGCAGCGCGCGGAGAUGCUCGGCACUGACCCCCACGGCAUCAAGGCCUUUAGCGGCCACUGCCUGCUGCAGUGCCAGAGGAAGGUGCUGCAGUGCGGGCUGCCCGUCGUGCCAAAAAGCGUGAAGGACAAACUGAAGAAGUGCAAUCAGCCCGGCACCACCCGAGCCGUCACCGGCGUGUCGGUGCAGGCGCCGUACGCGCGGCUGCCGUACGGCGUGCUGGCGAACACCGCCUGCGGCACGCGGGCGACCGACCCCAAGAAGGGCGCGUGCCUGCACUUCCGCGACCACCGCGUCUACACACCGCGGGAGUUGGCUGCGCUGCAGACUUUCCCUUACUACUUCGCCUUCCUGACAUCCGAGUCCGUCUUCGGCGCGCGCCUCAAGGGCCGGACCGGCCUCAAAGGCCGAACCGGCCUCAAGGCCCAAACCGGCCUGAUGACGCGGGCGGACUCGGUGCUGAAGCCUGCAAUCACAGGGCUGCACUGGCUGCUGCGCGUGGGCCCAGGCGUGCUAGCUGGCAAGCCGGCGCUGCCGCUGGCCAGGCGGUCGGAGAAGGGUGGGUCCAAAGCGGGGAAGAUCCAGCAGGAGGUGGAGUGGACGCCCAUGGAGCUCAAGCAGGCCUGGAAUUUGCUGCGCAGGACCAUCAGCGAUGAGCUGAAGCAGGUGGGCAACAGCGUGCCGCCGCUGCUGGCUGCGGCCCUGAGCCGCUGCCUGGGCCUGGCACUGCUGGGCCGUGAACGCUUCCGCACCGGCCAGGCUUACGUGCCCGACCCCAAGUGGGACCAGGCCUGGAGCUGGGCCGCACCCGAUCCCGACCAGCCGCCCGCGUGCGUGUAUGCCAUGGCCCGCGGCCUGGUGGGCAAGGUGGUGGCAGGGGCGGAGGAGGCGGAGGAGCACGACAUGGAUGAGCAGGACGGCGAAGGGAAAGCGUUGGACGUGGACGAGUUCGAGAGCGAGUACGAUGCGCCCUACGCGGACUCAACAGUGGACGAGGACGGAGAGGAGAGCGGGAGCGCGGAGUGAUGCGUUGGUGAGAUGUGUGCGGUAGACGAACUGUGGUUGGUGGCACGCUUGGACAAUGACAUCGUACGUAGAACUGGUGUGUGAACCUGCUUGGACACUGCUUGGACACUGCGCGCGCAGAUGCGUGCCUAACUACACGUUGCGGUGUGGCCUCACACUUUGGACCAUAGUACUUGUGCUCAGGACGUAUGCUACCCGACGUACUUGAGCCUUCAGGCCCUGUCAUCUGUUGAGGAUGUCUGUGCUUAAUAGGAGAUUGGCGCUGUAUACAUCGGAGUUCAGACUUCAGAGAUCGUGGCUAUGGAAACACAAGGCCGAUGGGCGAUUGGGCCUGAGCGUAUGACCUGACAAGGCUGUGUGCAUGGAUAUAGGCGCUGCUCGGUUGGUGUGCCAACGCCUACUGUACAGCCCCUCGUUACGAUAACAUGUGGGCAUGCAAAAUGCUGGCAUGCAUGGGCUGGCCGUGACAUGGGGAUGAUGGUGUGACUGCGGAUUAAGGCGACGUGCGUGCGCUGCCGGCAGAUGGGGGCAUGACACUUGUGGCGGAGGCGCAGGGCGGGAGGCACCAAAUGAAUGAAGUCCAGAAGUUAGUACGUAAGUUAGUUACACGCGUCAUGUCAUGUAUGUGAUGCAGUGAUGGAUUUGGGUCUCAUCCGAGAGUCCGAGAACGUUUUGGAUGGGUGCACCCUGAGCAUGCAUCCCAUAUGCAUGGCGAUGGCGGCACUGCAAGCGGUGUGGCAUUCGUCAACAUCCCAGUGCACUGCAUUGUCUGCAGCGCCAUCGAUCUAGGCACUGCAUCUUACAGCCGCCUGGACACAUGACAGUAUGGCUGUGUGCAAAUUGUUUGACAUGGCCAUCAGCUGUACGCCACUGCAUCGU